GUUUUUCGCGCCGUUGACCUUAACACGCGUAAAGUGGGCCCCAACUGAACUGAGCAGGCUGAAGAACAAACGCCGGGAGAGAACAGGAAGGGCGGGAGCAUGCCUUGGUCAGUCCAGCUUGCAUAUCAACAGAGUGAGGUUGGUUGCAUUCUGUGAAGAGCCUUCCAUGCAAUGUAUAAAAAACUCUGCGCAGCCCCCUUCAAUUACUUUUAACGCCAAUAUCACUUCGACAAGCGGAUGUCUGUGGACUGGCUACGUUGCCGCCUAUGUCUGAUAGUUCGAUUGAUUCAUUAGAAAAAUUUCCCGGAGCAUCCACACAACUAUCGUCUCCCCUCGCUUUCCAUACUAAUAUGGGAGACAUGUCCGGGAUGGAAGUAGAUUCCGCUCAAGGGCAUGCAGCCUGGAACAAAAAUGUUGAGGAGGACGAUGAGGAGGGCAUGGACGUCAAAGCUAAAGCUUUGACCAAUCUGCUCAAGACAAGCUCUGUAUUCGUGGCGAUUAUGGCAGAUAAAAUGAAGGACCAGCAAAGGAAACAGCAAGAAGAAGCCAAGCGGAAACUGGCAAAACAAGCUGCAGCGACAACGAAGGACAAGGCUCCUACUACAACAACCGAGAAGAGAGCCACUCGAGGCAGCGGCAAACCAUCCCAGAUGGAGCAGACAUCGGUCCAUGAUUUGAAGAAUGGUAACGUAGCAAAGGGGCCAAAAGAAACAAAGUUGCCGACGAGAAGUCGUCCUACUAAAAGCACUGCUGGAAAUACCAUCUCGAGUUACUUUAAGAAAGCCGAUGUACAAAUCCCAGACGAUAAUCCUACGGUCCAAGAGGCAUUGGAAGAAGCUGCACAAGAAUAUGAAGCGAAACCGACCGCAAUAGGCGAGCAGAAGUUAGUUGCUACGCAGCAGCCUGCACCGGUAACCGGUGGCCAAAUGAGGGAAUACCAGCUUGAGGGCCUGGAGUGGUUGAAAUCCCUAUGGAUGAAUGGUCUUUGUGGGAUCCUUGCAGAUGAGAUGGGUCUCGGAAAGACAAUCCAGGCUAUAUCUUUGAUUGCAUUUUUCAAGGAGCACAAUGUUUCUGGCCCAUUCUUGAUCUCCGCUCCGCUUAGCACAGUAAGCAAUUGGGUUGCUGAGUUUGCGCACUGGACACCCAGUAUUGAGACAGUACUUUAUCAUGGUACUAAAGAUGAACGCGCCGAGAUUCGAGAGCGGCGGAUGAAAUUGCAGGACCAGAAAAAGCCGGAUUUUCCUGUUAUAUGCACCUCCUAUGAGAUUUGCAUGAACGAUCGGAAAUUUUUGGCGAAGUAUCAGUGGAAAUACAUCAUUGUUGACGAGGGACAUCGAUUGAAGAAUUUAAACUGUCGACUGAUAAAGGAACUUCUGACCUAUAAUUCUGCAAACCGUCUCCUCAUCACAGGAACACCUCUGCAAAACAACAUUGCUGAAUUAUGGUCUUUGCUUCAUUUCCUCCUUCCCGAAGUGUUCAACGAUCUAGGUAGCUUUGAGAGCUGGUUCGACUUCUCUUCCGUUCUGGAUAACAAAGGUCAAAAAACUGUGAUCGAGCGGCGCAAACGUAACCUCGUGUCUACCAUGCACGCAAUUUUGAAACCAUUCUUGCUCCGACGAGUGAAGACAGAUGUUGAAACAUCUUUACCAAAAAAACGGGAAUAUGUGUUGUACGCACCGCUAACUCCCGAGCAGAAGGAUCUCUAUCUUGAAAUUAUGAAUGGUUCGAGCAGGGCAUACCUGGAAGAAAAAGCAGUUGAGAGGAUCAAUGCCAGAAAUGGAAUUCCAAAGACGUCAAGACCUGAAUGUCUAAAGCGCAAACCUUCCAGUAGUGGGUCUUCCACUCCAAACAAAAGCCUGAAAUCCAGCCGUGAAUCCACACCCGGAAGUACUUUGGGUUCUGGACGCCGUAGAAGGGGUCGUCUGAGCUAUAAGGAGGUCAGCGAUCGAGAAUUUAACGCCAAGUUGCGGCGACUAGAACAGGGAAUCGAAUCAGAGCCCGAGGAAUCGGAGCUGAGUGAGUGUGAAUUGGAGAAGAUUGAAAAAACCAAAACGGCUCAACUUGCCAAAAAGGAAAUUGCUUCGAAAAAGCUCCAAAACCCCGUCAUGCAGGCUAGAUUAGCCUGCAACUCUCCACAUAACUUCUACUGGCCCUGGGAUGAUGACCCAUCUCACAUUGACGAGUCCCUCAUAACCUCGUCAGGCAAGAUGCUUCUCCUCGACCGGCUGAUCCCCUGCCUAAUGUCCAAGGGCCACAAAAUCCUCAUAUUCUCCCAGUUCAAAACCCAACUCGACCUCCUGCAGGACUACGCGACAUACCUUCGCGGGUGGAACUGCUGUCGUAUCGAUGGCGCAGUCAGCCAAGUUGAUCGCCAAGCGCAAAUCCAAGCCUUCAACACAAACCAGGACUAUAGGAUUUUCCUCCUAAGCACCCGCGCCGGCGGGCAGGGCAUCAACCUGACAGCCGCGGAUACGGUUAUCCUCUUCGACUCGGACUGGAAUCCGCAGCAGGAUCUACAAGCGCAAGACCGCGCGCACCGCAUUGGCCAGACAAAGCCGGUGAUUGUCUAUCGACUUGCAACGAGGGGUACCGUCGAGCAGACCCUGCUCGAAAAGGCAGAUUCAAAGCGUAGGUUGGAGAAACUAGUUAUUCAAAAGGGGAAGUUCAAAAGCCUGCUAGAGCCUGGCUCUGCAGCUGCGUCGUCUGAGGCGGAAGAGCUUCGGAAAGUCCUCGGAGAUGCUGAGUUUGAAGUCCUGGAUGUUGGAAGUGGUGAAGGGGAAACGCCAGAAUCGGUCCUCUCGCAGCGGGACCUGGAUAUACUGACUGAUCGCAGUGAUGAGGCGUAUGAAAGGGCUGAGAAGGGGUUGGAUAAGGGAGGUGAUAGCUUCUUUGCUGUGGAGCCGAAGAAAGAGAUGGAAGGUAUGAUGGCUGAGAUUACUAGUAGGUGACUAGCGAGGGGGGAGGGAGGAUCGAAUUGCGUCAACUUGAUACCAUUUAUCCUUUACUUUUCGGAGGGACUGCUGCUGCUGCUCAGGGGUAUGCCAUACCACUUUUGUUUAAAGCUUCUGUAGUCAUGAAGCAUUCUCAUAUAAAUCAAUAAUUCCCAAAGUCCCUAGUGAUGGCUUGGCCAUCCUGGUAGCCAGCUCUAUUGCCAUACACAUCUAUCUGCAACGGAGCGUACACGCAAGUAAACAACGCUGGAGGAGCAAAGAUCAAAUCAAAAAUCCAAAAGCCUAUAUAUAGGAUAUGUUCCAGGCAGUUCCAAAUUCCAUUCCCGCUAAGCAAAAAAGAUGCAUAUAAAAAAGAACUCGCAAAUGGACCCGACACUUAAAUAGGGUAAAACAAACGGGCUGGGAUAGACGCCGCAUAGUAAGUAUUACAGAUAGAAAAGGGGUGAGAAAGGCCUUCAAGUCAACAAAUCAAAGAGGAAAAAAAAUGUAUCUCUUCAUAUCCACGCAGGUCUCAACAUCACACACCACACCACGUCACCGACUCCGCUUCUCCUCCCGAAUCUGGUCCUUCAACUCAGCCAACGUCUCAUUCCUCCUUGCCAAAUGCGCCCUCAACCCUUCCACCUGAUCACCAACCGUCUUCACGUCCUCUCUCAACCUCUCCAGACUUUCCCCUUCCUUAACUCUACCAGUACCCUCUCUAAGCUCCCGCAACUCUCUCUCCUUAUACUCCAACAACUGCAACGCCUCCUUCUUGAUAAGCGUCCAAUUAGGCCCGCCAUUAACAGCGCCACUCCCCCUCUUCCUCGACUCCAAAGCGCUAUUAGCAGUCUCUAGCUUAUUUUCCAACUCCGCCAGCUCGCGCCGCAGCCUCACCUUCUCCCACUCCUCAUCUUGUAUCGUGCUGCUGAAAUCAGUCCCCUGCGGACGAUACGUAGUCCGCCCGCCAACGCCUAGGCGGCUCAGAUAUGCGUCGCCGAAUUUAGCCUUGCGGCCGGUGCUGGUAUCUAUGUCAGUAUCAGUGCCCCAUCGCUGCGCGGGGCGUACGUUGUCGAGUUGAUAGUCGAUUUUGUUGGAUUCGAAGGAGGCGCGGAGGGAAGCGGGGACAGUGCGUGGGAUGCGGUAGCCCUCGUGUCUGUUGUUGAGGAUGUGGAGAAAGGCGAGUGUGGCAUCUUUGGAGAUUGUGGAGGAGGCGGAAGGGUUAACGAGAUUCCAGGCGGAGCGGAUGUCGGUGUCGGGUACGGCGAGGGAGUCAUAGAGGGGUUGAAGGGACUCGACUGGAGUUGGAAUGUUAGGGAUUUUAUUAGCAGGAAGUAGAGCAGAUAGAUAGGUUAUACUUACAUGUUACCUCCCCGCGAUGGUUCUUGUUCGCAGAAUAUAUCUCCUCGUAUUUGGAUUUGUCGCCUGGGCUCAUGUACCAGUCAAACCCGUCCUUGAGGCCAGGGGUAUCGUCCUCCUCCUCCACCCGCUCGAAUUGCGGUUGCCUUCCCGUGAGGGCGCGCGAAGCUUGGACUAGAUGUGCCUUCGACUCUGGAAUCAACCAGUCUGGUAAUGAAUGUGGCACAUCGGCGUAUUCCUAGAGCCAUCAAAGAAGAAACGAAGCAAAGUCUCAAAUUAGCAAGAACCAUUCAUGUAUACCUGGAUUCUGCGUGAAAUAAUGCGCAUCCACCCAGUACUGCAUCCUAUGGUAUACGCCCCCGCAGUCCCCGUGUGAGAUUCGGUUUCAUACCCCAUUGACAAGAUCAAAAAUAAGCCUCAUAGCGACGCAAAACUCCUCAAAGUCCAGCUCACCAUCUCCGUCCACAUCCGCCAAAUCCCACACCUUCUCCAGUUGCUCAUCUCGUAAUCGGCUGUUUCUUAGGACUGUAGCGGCUUGCGCGUUGUUCAGAUGUGGCUGGCCAUUGGAGAGGGAAGAGAAGAUCUCCCAGUAUCGCUCGACUUCCCACUGCUCUAUUCUCUUUUCGGACAUGCUGUAUAGCAAUGGAUGAGCAUGUAGCAGGGGAUAAGAUGGUACUGGGAAUGGGGUUGGGGUUGGGUUGAAAGUUCAUAUAGUUCUAGUCAAUGCAGGUGGUGGUGGUGGUUAGAGCGACGUGUGGCAGGCGGCUAUCGGAGAAAAUAAUUUCCCGGUGAUGGCAUCCGGAUGAACCCCCUGAGUUGCAAGGGGCAAGCACCAGGCGCAAUGAUAAAUAUUCAAAAGAAUUUGGGUCUGAUGAUAUAUACAG